UAUACUACUAAUUGAGCUCAUUCAUUGGACCGAAUACCUUAUAUACUACUAAUUGAGCUCAUUCAUUGUUGGGUUAGGAAAAGUACAUGGUUCCUGAUCAAGGGAAAAAAUGGGUUUUCGAAUCUAUAAAUGCAAGUUGGCGUGGUCAUAAAUGUAGGGUAAAGCAAAAGCACUACUAUGCACAUGAAACUGAUGAGAAAAGGUGGGAAAAUCGUCCAAAAACAGUUUCCGAUUCCCAAUUUAAAGAUCUUUUGGAAUACUGGAAUUGUUCACUAAUCGAGAAAGAAGCAAAAAUUAAUAAAGGCAAUCGUGGAUCACUAGAUGAUAUGCAUACUAUGGGUUCGAAGUCAUAUGCAAUGUUACGUCAUAAGUUGGUAACAACACAUUAUCUUGAUCUAUAGUUCUUAUUGUUCCAUCAUCUCAUACUCUUAGAAAGUUAUAUAUUGAACUACUAAUUUGUAUCUCUAAAGCAACAAGAGGAUCCGAAUAAGCAAGAGCCUUCACAAGAAAAGGUCUACAAAGAAUCGAGGAAAAGAAAUCCUGAAAAGACAUACCUCACCAACAACGAAAAAUCUAUAUCCAAUAUUGUGAGUUAACAUGCUAUUUAUUUGCAUAUUUUCUGCCUUAACUUAGUAUAUGUAAUAACUUGAUCUUCAUUGGAUAGGCCAAGAUGGAUGCUUUACAA